GGGAAGAGCGAGGGGGGCCCCGGCGUGGACCGGGGUGGGGGCCGGGGCUGCCAGCUUGGCCCUGGCCUGUCAAGCGGCUCAUUGUUCCUGCCCCGGGUGUCACUGGGCGCCGCCGGGGACAAUGUGGCACUGAGCGGGGCGGCCGGCGGUGGAGGGACGAGGCGCACGGAAAGGCUCAUCUCGCCCUCCCGCCAUGGCAUCGCCGGACGGAGCCAGUGGCAUGGGCGGCAGUCCUGAGGAGACGGAGCUCAGCAUCACCCUGACCCUCCGCAUGCUCAUGCACGGCAAGGAGAUCGGCAGCAUCAUCGGCAAGAAAGGAGAGACUGUUAAGAGGAUACGAGAGCAGAGCAGCGCACGCAUCACUAUCUCGGAAGGGUCCUGCCCUGAGCGCAUCACCACGAUCACCGGCUCCACCGAUGCCGUCUUCCGCGCUGUCUCCAUGAUCGCCUUCAAGCUGGAGGAGGACCUGGGAGCAGGGGGCGAUGGGGUGUCAGCAGGCAGAGCACCCGUGACCCUGCGCCUCGUCAUCCCGGCCAGCCAAUGCGGUUCCCUCAUCGGCAAGGCGGGAGCUAAGAUCCGGGAGAUCCGGGAGAGCACAGGGGCACAGGUGCAGGUGGCUGGUGACUUGCUGCCCAACUCCACUGAACGGGCUGUCACCGUCUCGGGGGUGCCAGACACCAUCAUCCAGUGCGUGAGGCAGAUCUGCGCUGUCAUCCUGGAGUCGCCUCCGAAGGGGGCCACCAUACCCUACCACCCUGGUCUCUCCCUGGGCACCAUCCUGCUCUCUGCCAAUCAGGGCUUCUCCAUGCAGGGCCAGUACAGUGGGGUCUCUCCUGCAGAGGUGACAAAGCUGCAGCAGCUGUCAGGGCAUGCGCUUCCCUUUGCCCCCCUGGGCCAUGCACCCACCAUGAUGCCAGGUCUGGAUGCCAGCUCCCAGAGCAGCUCCCAGGAGUUCCUGGUGCCCAACGACCUCAUCGGCUGCAUCAUCGGCCGGCACGGCAGCAAGAUCAGCGAGAUCAGGCAGAUGUCGGGCGCCCAUAUCAAGAUUGGCAACCAGACCGAGGGCUCCAGUGAGCGGCAUGUGACCAUCACAGGGACCCCUGUCAGCAUCACCCUGGCUCAGUACCUCAUCACAGCCUGCUUAGAGACGGCUAAAUCUACCUCCCAGGUGCCACCAGGCCCUGGCUCCAUGGACCUUGGCAUGGGCUUCUCCCAGCCCCUUGCCCCAGGCUCCGGUGCAGCACUUCCCGCCGUUGCCUCAGCCCCCCCAGCCCUGCUGGGCACCCCCUACGCCAUCUCCCUCUCCAACUUCAUUGGCCUGAAGCCGGUGUCCUUCCUGGCACUGUCCCCAUCCUCCAUGGCAGGUCCCAAUGGCGGCACCACCACUUACACGACCAAGAUCUCGGCAGCCAACGGCACCAAGAAAGCUGACCGGCAGAAGUUCUCGCCCUACUGAACCCCACUGGUGGGUGGGUCAGGGGGUCCAGGGUGCUCCUCAGUAGCAAGGACACCUUCCCAUCACCCACCCUGACCUCAGCCUCUGCCAGGUGCCCCAUGUCCCCCACCCCAGGGAAGGGAAGGGUCUUCCUGGUGGUGAUGCCCGCUGGAGGAAGGAGCUGUUUCAUUGCCUGCUGCUCGUCCCAGCAGCGCUGUGCCCCCCUCCCUGAUUUUCUGCACAGAGACCAUGUGUCCUGGUAAUGGGUGGGAGCCUAUCCCUGCCGGCCUAGGGUCCCUUCUCCCAGUGCCCUGUGCUGGUGUGGGACCCCUGCCUCCUGCUCCUCACCCUGCCUGCCCUGCCAUCCUGCUCACGCCCACACUCCAUCUGGCACCCAAAAGCCAGGUCCCACUGGAUGAGGACUGCCUGGCCUCUCCAGGAGUCCCCCGUCCGCUGGCUCUGGUGGGGGGCCCUUGCUGGGCCACCCUGGGGCAAUCGCCUCCCAGCAACCCCAUCCAA